GCAGCGUCCGAUGGUUCCACGGUGUGGCGGGGUGUGAGCUGCCGGCGCGGCCGCAGCCUCCGGGGGGAAGCUCCGCUGCAAGAGCGGCGUCAGUCUGAAGGCGGUUCGGUUCCGACAGGACGGAGAGUGUUUGCUGCGGCGUGGGGAGAGUUCCACCCCAGGUUUGAACCCCCACUCUCCCACUGAAGACCCACUCCACCACAGCCAUGCUGGGCUCUCUGUUCCGCGCCCACGGCCUCCUGGUAGCUUCCCACCCGUGGGAGGUCAUCGUGGGCACCGUGACCCUCACCAUCUGCCUGAUGUCCAUGAACAUGUUCACCAGCAGCGACCACAUCUGCGGCUGGAAUCUGGACUGCCCCAAGCAGGAGGAGGAAGUCCUGAGCAGUGACAUCAUCAUCCUGACCAUCACCCGCUGCAUCGCCAUCCUCUACAUCUACUUCCAGUUCCGCAGCCUGAGGCAGCUGGGAUCCAAGUACAUCUUGGGCAUCGCGGGGCUCUUCACCAUCUUCUCCAGCUUCGUGUUCAGCACAGUGGUCAUCCACUUCUUUGAUAAGGAGCUCACCGGCCUGAAUGAGGCCCUGCCCUUCUUCCUGCUCCUCAUAGACCUGUCCAAAGCGUGUGCUCUGGCCCGCUUCGCCCUGAGCUCCAGCUCACAGGAUGAGGUGAGGGACAACAUCGCCUCAGGUAUGGCGGUGCUCGGACCCACCUUCACACUGGACGCUCUGGUGGAAUGCCUGGUGAUCGGCGUGGGAACCAUGUCAGGUGUGAGGCAGCUGGAGAUCAUGUGUGGAUUCGGAUGCAUGUCUGUGCUGGCCAAUUACUUCGUGUUCAUGACUUUCUUCCCCGCCUGUGUCUCACUCGUCCUGGAGCUGUCCCGUGAGAGUCAGGAGGGCCAUCCCAUCUGGCAGCUCAGCCACUUCUCCAGAGUGAUGGAGGAGGAGGACAACAAGCCCAACCCGGUCACCCAGAGGGUCAAGAUGAUCAUGUCCCUGGGUCUGGUGAUGGUACACGCCCACAGCCGCUGGGUCUCCAGCCCGUCGUCCGGGAACAGCACCGAGGACGUCCUGCAGGUGGGCAUGGAGCUGGACCAGUUCUCAGCCAGAAGGAUCGAACCCGACAAGCCGCUGUGGCACUUCUACCUGACCAGGAUGGUCAGCAUGGACGUGGAGCAGGUCAUCUGUCUGGCGUUGGCCCUGCUGCUGGCUGUCAAGUACAUCUUCUUUGAGCAGGCAGAGGUGGAGUCCACGCUGUCCCUGAGAAACCCCAUCACUAUGUCUCCCCCAGCCCUGAGCCUGGACCACACCGAGACCUGCUGCAUGAAGCCAGCUCCCCCAUGUGUGCCCCCCGUGUGUGCGCCCCCCAGCACCCAUGACAGGAAGGACAAAGAUCAGGUCAUCCGGCCGAUUCCUGUCGCCGCCGACCGCCAGCAGAGGAGCUUGUUUGUCAUCGGAGAGGAGGAGGAGCUGAAGCCAGAGACCCCCCAGCCCAGGAUCCCAGAGGUGCCCAGAGCUCUGCCGGACUGUGUGGCCAUUUUCAGCAACCCUGAGAUGGGACCAAAAUUCCUGAGUGAUUCAGAGGUCAUGCAGCUGGUGACCUCCAAGCACAUCCCUGCUUAUAAACUGGAGGCCCUGAUGGAGACACCUGAGAGAGGCGUGGCCAUCCGACGACAGAUGAUUUCCUCCAAGCUUCAGUGCGCCUCUGCGCUGGCCUCGCUGCCAUACGUCAGCUACGACUACUCCAAGGUGAUCGGCACCUGCUGUGAGAACGUGAUCGGAUAUGUGCCUGUUCCUGUUGGAGUGGCCGGACCACUUAACCUCGAUGGCAAGCAGUUUCAGGUUCCCAUGGCAACCACUGAGGGCUGCCUGGUGGCAAGCACCAACCGGGGCUGUCGAGCAAUCGCUCUGGCAGGUGGAGCCAGCAGUCGAAUCCUGGCCGACAGUAUGACCCGUGGACCCGUGGUCCGGCUGCCCUCAGCCUGCAGAGCCGCCGAGGUCAGAGCCUGGCUGGAGAGCAGCGACGGCUUUCAGGCCGUCAAAGAGGCUUUCGACAACACCAGCAGGUUUGCUCGUCUGCAGAGGUUGCUGGUUGGACUUGCAGGGAGGAAUCUUUACAUCCGCUUUCACGCCACGACGGGAGAUGCCAUGGGAAUGAAUAUGAUCUCUAAGGGCACGGAGCAGGCGCUCAGCCUGCUGCAGCAGCACUUCCCUGAGCUGCAGGUGGUCGCCGUCAGCGGGAACUUCUGCACCGACAAGAAACCUGCCGCCAUCAACUGGAUCGAAGGCAGAGGCAAGUCUGCGGUCUGCGAGGCCACCAUCCCCGCUAAAGUGGUCCAGGAGGUUCUGAAGACAACCACGGCGGCUCUGGUCGAGGUUAAUGUCCAGAAGAACUUGGUGGGCUCAGCGAUGGCGGGCAGCAUCGGGGGCUUCAACGCUCAUGCUGCCAAUCUGGUGGCUGCCAUUUACAUAGCCUGUGGACAGGACCCGGCCCAGGCGGUUGGCAGCAGUAACUGCAUCACUCUCAUGGAACCAUCCGGGCCGAUGGGGGAGGACCUGUACAUUAGCUGCACCAUGCCCUCCAUCGAGCUGGGUACUGUGGGAGGGGGCACCAACCUGCCCCCCCAACAAGCCUGCCUCCAGAUGCUGGGCGUGCAGGGCGCCAGUCAGGACCAUCCCGGGGAGAACGCCCGUCAGCUGGCCAGGAUCGUGUGUGCCACCGUUCUGGCCGGAGAGCUGUCACUCAUGUCUGCUCUGGCUGCUGGACACCUGGUCAAAAGUCACAUGACCCACAACAGGUCCAAGGUGAACCUGCAGAACUGAAGCAGAAACUCACCAUGAGGGGGCGCUGUGCACUGACAGAUGCAGCCGUGACUGUUUUCAUCAUCUGAUAUGACUUUUAUCGAAUGAUCAAUAAA